ACCGCGCGCAGCAUCGCAUAUGAAUGAACAUUUUCGAAAUAAUGCCUUUGAAUAGCAUGCAGACCCCUUAAACUAAUAAGAAAAAUCAAUAGAAUCUUUUUAACCACUUAUGUAUGUGCCAUCAUGUAUGUGUGUGUGACUCAUGCCAGUGUAGUUCUUUUAUUAAACAAAAAGACCCAGGCGUUGGUAGCUCACGCGCACAGGACAUUUGUAUGUAGUUUGCGUGAAAGGUCCGCAUGACGCCUAAGUUGCAAAUUGUUUUCACCCCACACCUAAAACUCAAAACUGCAAAUUGUUAACGCCAAAAACGGCCUCGCUCCUUGCUCAGAACUCAGAAGGCAGAAAACGUACCAUUCUUUCUACAAAACAGAGAAAUAAUUGAAAUUAAAGCCAAAGCCGGAGGCAACAAGUACUCAAGAUUUCCGUGUUGCACUUUGCACCAAGUAUGUGAAUAUCACAAGGACUAAAGUUUCAUAGAGCUUAUAUUAAGAUAACAGCUAACAAAAGCAGAUACAAAAGUUCUCUUCAAACGCAAUGAGCGCCGUCACGCAAGAGUUUUGCGUGCGCUGGAACAGUCAUUUGGGUAGCAUCGGUGCCGCCUUUCCCCAGCUCUUGGCCGGUCAGAGAUUCGUGGAUGUGACGCUGGCCUGCGAGGGCCAUCAGCUGCAAUGUCACCGUCUAGUGCUGGCCGCCUGCUCCACCUACUUCGAGACCAUACUAGCCGAGCAUCCCUGCAAGCAUCCCGUGAUUAUAUUGCCACGAGAGAUUAAGCUCUGGGAAAUCCAGGCGCUUGUCGAUUUCAUGUACAAAGGCGAGGUGAAUGUCACACAGGCCGGGCUGGGACAGUUGCUCCGCUGUGCCGAACAGCUGAGGAUUCGUGGCCUAUACGGUUCAGAGGCAACGAUAAAUUACAAGCAGCUCCAGCAGGCUCAGACCAAGCAGGAAGCACCCACUUUGGCCAGCCGUGUGGAUAGUACCGAUGCCGUGGACGAUGCAGCCACUAACUCAACAACAACGUCAACCUCAACGACCACCACCCCUCCAGUCCUGACAUCCAAACAGCAGCAGCAGCAGCAACAGAUUAUCAAGGAGGCGCGCCAACGACACCAUCAAAUCAAUGGCACUAACAAUGCUCAACAAUGCGCCUCCUCGGCACCCGGUCUGGGCAGCAACUCGAAUGCACCCACCGAAGAUGAGUCGGCCGAUGAGGUGUCUAACAAUUGGAAUGCCUACAGAGAUCAUUUUGAGGAUUAUAAUGCAUCCGCUGGCGCGCCACUGGCCAACAGCAGCAGAACGAAUGUCGCGUAUUUACAGCAACCGAGAGCACAACUUCAGCUUCAUCAUCAGCAGCAGCUGCAGCUGCAGCAGCAGCAGCAAUAUAUGGACACUGCGAUUGAAGAUGACCACAAUUAUGUGGCCGUUAAUGAUGUCGAGGAUAAUGACAAUAGUUUCACAACAGGCGGGGCCAAGGGCGGUGGAUCCUGCCUGUCGCUCAGCAUGACAGAAACGGAGCCACAUGACACAUCGCUAACGAAUGCCUCCAUGGGGCUGCUAUCCAACUCAGUCGAUGGUUACACCUCGUAUAAGCGGGUCCGGCGCUCGGAAGCAUCGCUGGCACAAGCGGCCAAGUGUGUUUCAAAGGGCGAGACAUUCCAGACCGUCAGCAAUAUGUUCAAUAUUCCAGUCUCCACCAUUCGCUUCUACAUGGCUCGCAAGGGAAUUCUACCGAAACGAAAGCGCGGACGCGGAGCCUCGCAUGCAGGCAACAUAAUCAUCACAACGACAAACUCAGGGACACUGGCGGCAGCGCCAGCGCCGGCUAUUGUAACAUCACAUCAUCCUCCAUCUCAACAGCAUCAGCAGCACGACGUAUCGCUCAAUACGAUGCAGCUAAAGGCCGGAAUCGCAAGUACCAGCGGCAGCAAUAGUCCAGCGACGGCAGCCGCGGCGGCAGCGUCGCCGCCAUCACUGGAUGCUGCUAGCGUGCCUUUUCACCUCCUGAGCAAUGCGGCGGCGACUUUUAAGCUCGAACAGCAGCAGUUGCACAUGAUCUAACUAGGCAGCUAGUUGGCUUCGCUUUAAUCUCCACACACACACACACAUGUAAAUUGAACACAAUUCUUUGAGGAAUCGUAAUGAUUAACUUGAUUUCGGGAGAUCUUGUGGCAUAAACGACUUGCCAUCUUAGAUUGUGGGCUUUACGCUCAUCUAUCAACUCUCUCUCUCUCUCUCUGUGCGAGCGCUCAACAGAGUCGCUCUCUCUCCCCCGUUCUUUGAAUGUAACUGAGAGAGCGUUGAAAAAGCUCAACUGAAGAUGUAUAAGAAAUGAAGGAAAAACGAGAUCAGCUGUUGUCUUGGGAGCUUUGAGUCGUUCUUAGGCGCACAAAGAACAUAAAUCAAACACAAAUUUCAGCCAAGUUUCACUGAAUUUAAUUAUAAUUAUGAUUAUAUCAUUUUUUUUCAUUCUAUCAAGUCAGUAAUUUUAAACAAUUAUUAUUUAGAUAUUAACUAUAUUAGGCAUAUUUUUAUAUGAUAUUUGAGUUUAAGUCUGCUUUCGCAAAUCAACCAACUAUUAAAAUAAAAUAAAAUACAAAAAAAAAAAAAAAAAAAAACAUUGGAGAAAAAAUAAAAACUAAAAAAAAAAGAAUAUUUCAAAAGCAGUGUAUCCAAAACUAGUAUGUAAAUACAAUUUUGAGUCAAGUAAAGCGAUAUUUAUGCAUUUUGUCUGUACACUCUUGUAAAGGGUAUUAUUAUUAUCUGUGGCGCAGAAAUUAAUAAAAAUCCAAUCCUUAAGAACAUAUA